UUCUUCUCCCAAACAAAUAACAAUUAUAGUUUGCUGCAAUAUUCAGCUACUUUAAUAAGUAAUUGAUAUUGAUUAAUUAAUUCUAAUCUUACUUCCGGAUCAUUUUUCCCGAAGCCUAUAAAAUAAGUUCAGCAAACUGCGUCAAAUACGCAUAUAACUGUACAUAAUUUAGCAGUCAAAAAUGGCAGAAAUAGAAGCCGACAACACUCUCCGAGCUAUAUGUUACAAUCGUGGCUCUCUUAAGCUCCUCGACCAGAGAAAACUUCCUCUCGAGACUGGAUAUCUUGAAAUCAAAAACACAUCCGAUGGAUGGUCUGCUAUACGAGAGAUGGUGGUUCGUGGAGCACCUGCUAUUGCUGUUGCCGGAGCUCUUUCUCUUGCAGUUGAAGUGUUUAACUUGGAUGGUUUUAGUGGCACAUCUGAUGAUGCUGCCUCUUAUCUAUUUAAAAAAUUGGAUUAUCUUGUUUCAAGCCGUCCAACAGCGGUGAAUCUCGCAGAUGCUGCAGUUAAACUUAAGGAAGUUAUAUCUAAGGCUGCUGCCACUGCUUCAGAUUCCAAAUCUAUUUUUGAGGCUUACAUAGAAGCUGCUGAAAUCAUGCUUGAAGAUGAUGUUGCUUCAAAUAAAGCAAUUGGGUCACAUGGAGCAAGUUUUAUUCAGAAUCGGCUGGAAAACCCUAAGAAGCUUUCUAUUUUAACCCAUUGCAAUACUGGCAGCCUUGCAACAGCUGGAUAUGGUACCGCACUUGGUGUGAUACGUGCACUUCAUUCUGAAGGUGUGCUGGAGAGGGCAUAUUGCACAGAGACGCGUCCAUUCAAUCAAGGAUCUAGACUCACAGCUUUUGAGCUGGUGCAUGAAAAAAUACCUGCUACUCUAAUAGCAGAUUCUGCUGCAGCUGCACUAAUGAAAGAUGAUCGAGUGAGUGCUGUAAUUGUUGGUGCUGAUCGUGUGGCUUCAAAUGGAGAUACUGCUAAUAAAAUUGGGACCUAUAGCCUUGCGCUGUGUGCAAUGCAUCAUAAUAUUCCUUUUUAUGUUGCUGCACCUCUGACCUCCAUUGAUUUAUCCCUUUCUUCUGGAAAACAAAUUAUUAUAGAAGAAAGAUCGCCUAAAGAAUUAUUAAAUACUCGCGGAGGACUCGGAGAGCAAGUUGCAGCAUCCGGUAUCUCUGUUUGGAAUCCAGCUUUUGAUGUUACCCCUGCAAAAUUAAUCAGUGGGAUCAUAACAGAAAAGGGUGUCAUCACUAAGAUUGAUAGCAAUGAAUUUGACAUAAAGAGUUUCGUGAAGGCCACAGCCUAGAAGUGGCAUCUCGGAAGCCACGAGGUGGAUGCUCACCGAUGUGGUAAGCAUGUUUAUGGGAUGGAAUGUAAUAUAGCUGCUAUCAUAAUUAUGCGCUUUCAAACACUUGAAAAUAAUGCUGGAUCAGCCUUCUGUAAUGCCUCUGAGUGUUGAUUGUAUUAAAACCUUUGGCAUUUUUACAAAGCUUCUGGUUUUUAAGGUUA